CAGCGACCCUUCGCCAGUUCUUGUGAUCAGGCGCUUUUGCCUUCUGCUACAUCAACUUGUAACGUGAAGUUCCAUUCGGCAGAGAUGUCGGGGUCACGUUUGAUCUACGCUUUCGGGCUGGCCAUUCUUCUAUCACAAAUAUCUGUCAUUCUAUCUGGUGGCUCGGUCCCUGUAGUAUUCAUCGGAAGUGAAAAUCAGAAGUUGGGCGACCACGUUAGUGCGUUGGGUGUAUUACAAAAAGAGGAGUUCGAUUCUGUAGUAGAAGCUAAAGUGGGCGUAUCCCGAAAGCCGAUCGUAGUAUUUUCCAGAGACAACCUUUGCGUGGAGGAAUUGAGGCAGCAAAAAUAUGGCAAAGAUGAUUUUAAUACGAUCUAUUAUUUCCCCGCUGUUGACUCACCGCUCUCAACAUUGAGUAACCUGAAAUCUUACAAUGUGUCUACGGAUGACAAACCAGAAUCUAUAGAUGACGGUCAGGUGUACAUUGUAACGGUUGCGAAUCUCUCAACCAUACCUGAGUUGUACAAAUCCUUCAAAGCUCUCAAUUCUGAAGUCCACGUUGUUGUUACUGGAGAGUCUUGCAGUUACAGUCGUUCCGAACGAUCUAAAAGGGCCGUCACGGUCCGUGCUGAACCUGAACUCAUUGUUCAGGUGGACAAAAUACUUCUGUACUCGAGCCAAGGGAUUUACGUCAAGUUCCCGGAGAGUGAAACUAGUUACUUCCUUGGUACACCAAAAAAUACUUCUGCCGAAGGUAAUGCAACACACAGCUAUCGUUUGGACAUGGCUUUUACCGCAAAUGGCACCAAUAUCGAUGUAAAUCUGCAAUUGCAGUUUAGCGUGCUUUCGGCAGGCUACUGGUAUUUGGAAAGUGUUGGUUUUGAAGGUAACUCGACAACUGUUAGACUGACUCCUGCCAAGCCAAUUUACUUCCCAUUUGAAUUUUCUUAUCACUGUUCAUUGAAUAACAUAUUUUCCUCGAAUACGACCUCUGUGAAUUUUACCGACCUACAAGUUCAAAUAUUUUCAUCAACGAACAAUGAUACAUUAAAAUUCAGCGAUGGGUACGAUUGUGUUGGGUUUACCACCAUUCCAAUUUGGAGUGGAAUCUUUGUGACCGCUAUUAUGGCCCUCAUUAUGAUCUGGGGAUUGCUCAUGAUAUUGGACAUUCGUACGAUGGAUCGCUUUGAUGAUCCCAAGGGUAAAACGAUCACCAUUGCAACCUCGGAGUAAAAUAUUUAGUUCAGUAUUUUCCAAGAUGUAAAUAAAUAUCUUUUUGAGUGAAAGUUGAGUAAACAACGCCUAGUAAAGAUGGCAUAAAGUUUAUAAAUCACACUGAUAUCAAAUACCGAUGUAGAAAUAAUGUACGGGAAAGUAAACAUUAGGUACGUUGAGUAUUGUGUGUAGUCGUUAAUACUGAACUUUGACUCCCAAAAUACUAAUGUAACGGUUAAAACAUGAAAUCUCUUUUGAAUAGAGAACAAAUAACUUGUUGAACCUUAAUUUCUUUGCACAUAGCGAAGGAAAUUGACACUGCUGUUCCAUCUCCUUAGUGUUCCCCAACUCCUUGUUUGAAGUUUAAGAUUGUUGAAAAUGAUAGGCUAAGUUAAGGUGAUGGUUCUUAGAUUAAAAUAGAGAACUUUGUUCCACCAGUCAACAAAAAAAAAGUAUUGGUAAAUAAGUUAUUUUCAUUUCGCUGUCCUGUAUAUUAUCACACGAUCGACGUAUUCAUCCCUGGAUCAGUAGUUGACUAAGCAACUGUUACUUUAAAAAUAUGUAGGUAUGAAAAACGUAAUUUAGUGUGCAUUUUACUUUAGCAAAUGCUUCAGUCACAUAAUUUUUGAUCAAUAAUUACCCAUUCCAUUUUCGUCUCUAGAUUUAUACGUCGUGUUGUUUUGUGUGCACACGAAUGUCCCUCAUAAAUGUACAUGCAUAGUUCUUCAUUAUGUAAAAUAAAAUUGACAGCUUAGACCUCGA